AUGCCACCGGAACCGAAGGAAACAAGCCCGCGCCAGGAUAAUACGAACGAUGACCAGCAGACGGAAUCGACUGAUGAAAACGAAACACCCGCCAACGGAGAGGAAGAGAUCGAUCUGGAAGAUGCAACCGAAGAAAUUUUGGAACUAAACAAUCGAUUGGAUUCGCUGAGCACGGUACUGGACAGUAUCGAGCAGCAGAAUGAUGAUCUGCGGGCACAGAUUCUACUCCUGCUCGAUUCGCAACGGGAGACGCUAAAAUCGUUCAAGGAGGAAAAUAGCCGCAUGGCUGCAAAAGGCGCGGAACCAUCCGACAGUGAUGAACCGAUGCAUCAGAGUUAA